ACUAUAUCCGCCAUGUUGCUGUGAUUGCCUAUGAUGGUGACUCUUUAUUUUGUCCCAUAUAGGUAACUGUCAUUAUCUGAUGACCAAGGUGAAUGAAAUUGUGAAAAUAUACAGCCUAGAUUUUAACAUUUAGGUUAUGUGGAUUUCAUCAGGACAUGAUUGAUAAUGUUGGGAUAAAUUCCUCGUGUGUUCCAUGAUGAAAAUGUGAACCUGCAAUGAUUUUUGGACAGAAUUCAUGUGGAUUUAUAUCUACUGUAUAUUGUAAUAUUGUACUGGUGAAAUUUGUUGAUUUGGGAAGAUUUCCAGAUAAACUCUUACACCUGGACAGAUGAACCGUUGUUGAUUUUUCAGAUUUUAAGACUGCAUGUGUUUGGAACUUCCUGGUGGGGGUUGGUGUACCCUGAAAAGGAAAUCGUGACUAGAUACCGAAAAUCUUUAUGGAACAGAGAGAUAUUGUUUUCAUUCAGACAAUAUACAUGGGAUGAUUUCUUACAAAAUGAGCAGAAUUUUAAACCCAUCACCUGGAUUAAUACUUACAUUUACAAUAUAGUGUUAUUGAGUCUCAUUGAGCAUACAAUAAUCACUAGUGCAUUCUGAUUUUUUGCCUGAUAAAGGGAGACUAUUUAACCUAGCUUUGUCAUUAUCCAAGUGGCUAAGUAUUUCUGAUUUUAAAUCCAUCAGGAUAUGUAGCCUAAAAAUGGAGGUGAUACCUUUGUCAGACCACUGUGACUCCUCAGAGACCACCUUUUCUGAGUUGGUUGGUAAUACACAGCAGCAGAAGAACUGGCGGGGGAUAGCCAUCGCGCUUCUAGUCAUCGUCAUCGUCUGCUCUCUUAUCAUCACAGCCAUCGUCCUCUUGACAGAAGCCAAAAGCUCUGGUGCUGAAGCUACAGGAGUUGAAGGUUCCCAAACCCUAAACUUCAGUACAACAGCUAAACCAAAAGAAGAUACAAGAGAAAAAUUAAGUUUUGAAGAUUUCCUGACAGGGGAGUUAAGACCGAAAUCCUUCCAUCCAGUGUGGAUAAAAGAUGACAAUUUCCUCUAUCGAAAUGAUGAUGGUGCCGUGGUUAUAUAUCAGUGUUCAGAUAACUCGACGUCGACGCUCAUGGAUAAUACGACAUUCAGGGAGCUCAACACCGACUCCUUCCAGGUGUCACCUGACCAGAAGUAUGUUCUCCUGGCCUUUGAUGAGCGACCAAUUUACAGACAUUCUAAGUUAGCCAGUUACAGUUACUAUGACAUCCAGACAAAGAAACAGAGGGUGUUUGAAACUACCAUGGGUGAUGUUUUCCAGUAUGUAGGCUGGGGCACCAGUGGUCAUUCUGUGGUGUUUGUACAGGACAACAACAUCUAUUAUAAAUCAGAUAUUACCCAGAAUGAUGUGGCUGCCAUGCAGAUUACCACUGAUGGCUACCAUGAGGAAAUCUUUAAUGGAAUCCCAGACUGGGUUUACGAAGAGGAAAUCCUGGCAUCAGACCACGCCCUCUGGUGGUCACCCAUUGGAACGUUUCUCUUGUAUGCCUCAUUCAAUGACACAGAGGUCCGGAAAUACUACUAUCCACUCUACGGAAACAUGCAGGACCCCUACGGGAUGCAGAAACGAAUUUCUUAUCCAAAGGCUGGGUUCAGAAAUCCAACAUUCAAGCUUAAAAUCUUCAACUUCAAAACAAAUGCCACAAAAAUUGUCAAUCCUCCGGCAGAACUUGCAAAAGCAGAGUACUAUUUCACAUUUGUACAAUGGAGGGAUGACAACUAUGUACUGAUAGCGUGGCUGAAUCGUGCCCAGAACAAUUCUGUUAUCACUAUUUGUAAUGCUGAGACAGGUGGCUGUAGUGUGAACCAAAGAGAGACUGGACAUGGAGCAUGGGUAGAGUUGUACAAGCCACCGCUGUUUGCCCCAAAGGGAGAUAAAUACUUCCUGAUAUUGCCAAGCCAGGAAGCUGUGGCAGGGUACUUUUCAACACGUUGCCAUGGUUACCCUUCCAGUGAGUACCUCAUCAAAGCCAAAUCCGAGAGUAAGUUUUUAUGUAGCUCUUAUUACCUCCAUUUCUUGCAGCAGCUAAGUCGGGAGACUGGCGCCCGGCGAUCUCUCACCAACGGAAAGUAUGACGUCACAAACAUUGUUGGAUAUAACGAGAAGCUGGAAUUGGUGUACUACAUAGCGACCAAUGGCGACCCGCGCCACAGACAUCUCUUUAGUGUGUCGAGCUCGAUACAGAAAAACUUCCGUCAUACCGAGUGUUUGACCUGUGACCUUGAUCCAGAUAAUUGUCGAUAUUACACCGCCAGCUUCAGUAAGUCAGGAAAGUACUACGUCCUCGGAUGUUUGGGGCCCGGAAUUCCUUACUAUACACUCCACUCAACUGAGUCGGACUUUGAAAUUAUGAUGGAGGGCAAUGAUGCUUUACGAGCUCGAAUGGCAACCAAGGCCUUACCCACCACUGAAUACUUUACCUUCAAGGCAGGCAAUGGAGAAACUCUACAUGGCAAGUUGUUGUUGCCGCCAAUUCUAAAGAAAGAAGAAAUCUUGACCUACCCACUGUUACUAAAAGUGUAUGGAGGACCAGGAAGCCAGGAAGUAACAGAGCAGUUCUCUCUCUCCUGGGAGACUUACCUUUCCAGUACCCACGAUUUCAUCUGUGCCUAUGUAGAUGGCCGAGGGACAGCUGCAAGAGGAAAUACAUUCCUGCACUCGAUCUACAGAAAACUGGGCACCUACGAGGUCGAUGAUGCUAUAACUGCUGGAAAUUUUUAUGACCAGCUCCCAUAUGUAGAAUCCAGCAAAAUAGCAAUUUGGGGAUGGUCAUAUGGUGGCUUCCUGACAGCCUCAGUACUCGGACGGGGGACAGAGACUUUUGGGUGUGGAAUUUCUGUUGCUCCAGUUACAGAUUGGCAUUACUAUGAUUCUGUGUAUACUGAACGAUACAUGAGUACUCCGGAGGACAAUCCUGAUGGUUAUAACUUAUCAAAUGUGUCCAAAAAUGCGAAGAAUUUCAAGUCUGCUAAGUAUAUGUUGAUUCAUGGGACUGGGGAUGAUAAUGUCCAUUUCCAAAACUCGGCCCAAUUGAUGCGGGCACUGGUAGAGGAGAAUGUCUACUUCAGAUCACAGAUAUACACAGACCAACAGCAUGGCCUCAAUGGUGGAAACUCUCGUCGUCAUCUCUAUGAGACCAUGGAAGAUUUCCUCAAGGAAUGUUUCACAGGAAAAUCCAAGAAGUUUGAGCAAAAAAGCAAAAUAUUAGAGAACAGCAAACAAGAACCUAUAGAUGAAUCUUAGUAGGAAAUCCUAGCUUGGUCACUGUAUCUAAAUUAUGUGAGUCCAAGCUCUUUUAACAUAUCAAUAAUCUACAAAUCUUCAUUGGGCAACGACAGUUUGUAUCAGGAAAAAUCAAAUUCAACAUAGUGAAACAAUGAAGACAUUCAAAUAUCUGAGUAAAGAAAUAAAAAGAUUAAAUACUAUGAUCAAAUUGUUGGAAGCAAUACAAGGAAUUCCUGCUAUUUCAACCUCCAAGUUGAAGAACUCCAAUUCAAGGGGUCAUAAUCAACUGUGAAACAGAAAUAAAUCAUAACGAGAUGCUUCAUGAUUAAACUUUAACACAAUUUGAGGAUUUUAAGUAUUUUUACAGGGAUUACUACAAAUCGAACAGUUGAUAUUAAUACUAUACAUAAUGGAUCAUCUAGUCGCAAUACCCGUUUAAAUUGUGAAGAUGUUUUAUCUGACCAAUCAAACAGAAGUUGCCAUUAUCCAUAAUAAAGUUAUACGUCAUACCGUGUUCGAAUAUAGUUAGUUGGCCCAGUGGUGUUAUUUAUUAUCAAACAUAACAGUUAAUGCCAGCGUCAUUUUGUGAAAUUCCACAAUG